AUGGACGAGAUUCGCUUUGGUCGCCCAGUCCAACCGUAUCUUUUGGCAAGGAGUGGACACAGGAUGCUGUCGUCCCUGAAGACCCUGCUGUUGCUCUCGGUCCUGUGCGCACCGACCUCCAGCAUGUGCCUGCGCCUGCACCACACCCGCUCCGAUCACCUCCUCUGCACUGACCACAUGGCAGUCAGGGUCCGGAGCCACGACAGCCCGCCCGGUUACUCCUCCGUGGACGGUUGGGGGUCCCUCACGCAGUUGGCGGAGUAUCUCACCUCCUCCUCCGUCGACUCCAGUAGGGAAAAAAGGACUUCAAGUCCCGCAAACUACCGCUUCAUGAGCCGGACCAAGCUCAGAGGUCAGAUGCUCCGCAACAGCAGCAAAGGGGACCGCAGGAGCAGGCUGACCCUUUCCCUGGAUGUCCCGACCAACAUCAUGAACGUCCUGUUCGAUGUGGCCAAAGCCAAAAACCUGCGCGCCAAGGCGGCGGAGAACGCGCGUCUCCUGGCACAGAUUGGACGAAGAAAAUGAGCCGGAAAACUUGAUUUAAAAUAGUAAAAGAAUGGCCUCAUUUUUAGAUAAUGUAAGAAAAUUAUUUUUCAUUCCUUAAGUAAAUAAUAGCCUCCUUUGUUAGUUUUUUUUUCAAAUUUCAAGAUGAUUAUUCAUGUGAACAUCCAUUCAAAGAGGCAAAACCACAAGUUAAAACCUCCAUUACAUGGAAACACUUUGGCAGAUCAGUUAGAAGAAAUGAAACGUCAGAUGAUUGUUACUUUUUUUUUUUUUUGCUUUAUAACACAUAUCCACGCACAGAAAUGUCUCAACGCUUGGCUGAUAAACGACGGAUGGUUCCUGGCAUGCCACCCCAUGAUAUAACCAUCUGAAAUUAGACAUGUUUCCAUCCUUUGAUUUUAUUCAUCUCAGUGCAUUUUCCCCUUUUAAAAGGAAGUGACAUGAGCCCUUUGUUAGAUCAAGGCAGAGAAAGAUCAAAAAUAAAAAUCACAAAUUAAUUUGACUUGAAAAAGAAAAUCAAAGUCUAGAUUAUUUACAUUUGUUAAGGGG